CAGGUAUUUGCAUCAGGUAUUAAGCGAAGCUGUUAUUCGGACCUUUUCUUCCCUCGCGGCUUGCCGUACCUGAGGUAACAAGUGGGCGCGGUCUGGAUUGGUCGCUUCGCUUAGCUACCCCUGAAAGUUUGCGGAAGUUUGUUUCUACAGCUGAAGUUGACGCCAACUACCAAAGAGGGUUCUAAUCAGAAAAAACGUGUUUUUUUUUUUUUUUUUACUUCAAUAGAUGGACCUCAAGUCAGAGAAAAUAGAGCGGAUCCUCUCCAAGUACAAAUUUCACGAUGUGGCUAUUGAGGAGCUGCAGAAGAUCCACCGUAUCUACCCCGGGAUGAGACCAUCCACAGGCACAUACACAUUCAGUGACAGCACUCAAAAAGACCUCCUGAAAUUAACCGGUAAUGUUCCCGUCAAAUAUGAAGGUCGCUCCUACAACUUCCCCGUUCAGCUGUGGCUCAUGGACUCAUUCCCCUUCACUCCUCCCAUAUGCCUCCUUAAACCCACUCCCAACAUGGUCAUCAGAGAGGGCAAGCAUGUUGACGCCCGAGGGCGGGUCUACCUUCCGGGUCUGCACAACUGGGAUUAUCCCAAGUCGUCUGUGGUGGGUCUUCUGAAUGAGAUGAUCGCCAAGUUCGAGGAGGAUCCUCCGCUGUCAUCCAAGACCGCAGGAGAGAACAAAGACCCCCAUGAACUCCUGGCGUUUGUGUCUAAUUUCCACAUCAGUGAUGGUGGAAUCAGACAUCACGACCAACCGAUCAACAAAGUCUCAGUUAUUGGGGGAGGAGAUCUAGGAAUGGCGUCCGUGAUGAGCAUUUUAUCCAAGUGUAAAGUGGAAAAACUUGUUUUCAUUGAUGUUGCUGAGAGUUCCACAAAGGGCGGCAGCACAGACCUCGAGAUUUUCAGUCUGCCAAAGGUGGAGGUAUCCAGAGAUUUGUCGGCAUCUGCAGGCUCCAGGGUCGUGGUAGUGACGGCGAAUGCAUGGAGCAGCGAGCAGUCAUAUGUAAGCGUGGUUCAGACUAACGUCGACUUGUACAGAGGGAUAAUCCCAAAUCUGGCACGUCUCAGCCCCAAUGCUGUGAUGAUCAUUGCAUCACAACCAGUGGACAUCAUGUCCCACGUUGCCUGGAGGCAGAGCGGCCUGCCUCCAACACGGGUGAUCGGAGCAGGCUGUAACCUGGACUCGGAGCGACUCAGUCAUGUCCUGGACAUUAACCUGAACACUCACAAACCAGCCUGGGUCAUAGGAGAACUUUCAGACAACAAAAUCGCUGUGAUGAGCAACACUGGGCUCAGCUCCAGUGUGAAGCCGGAGAUCGCCCCAGGAUCCAGCUCGACCAAACCGCUGCUAGACAGAGCGUUCGACAUCAUGAAGAAUCGAGGCCAGCGGUCGUGGUCUGUGGGUCUCUCCAUUGCUGACAUCACAAACAGUGUCCUGACAGAUAAGAUGAAGCCGCACUCCGUCUCCACACUGGCUCAGGGCUGGGGUGGCAUCGGAGCAGAGGUGUUCCUCAGCCUGCCGUGCAUUAUGGGAGCCAACGGUUCCACCCGCCUGGCUGGUGUGUCACUGGCGCAGGAAGACGACGCCAAAAUCAGGGAGAGCGUCACGUCCCUUUCUAACCUCAUGAGUCAGCUCAAGAUAUGAAGGAUCCAGUUUACUCCCCGGGCUUUACUUGAGCAGCCCGGGAAUUAGCUGCUGCUCACUGGCAUGGCAGCUGUGUGGUCGACACAGCAGAUGGACAGCGGUUGUGCUGGAGUUUCAGUUAGCUACUUACACUAACGUUUUUAAGUUAUGGAAAACUCUUCUGCCUUAAGUGUGUCUAAUUUAAUCAUGUGACUUGUAAAUCAAUCAUAUCAGUGGUACAGGUUACAUCUUGUAUCCAAAGUUACCUGGACGAUGAGAAGCUACUCGUUUUGUUGUUUGUUUGUACCACGUUACACGAAUGUACGGUUUUUGAAAGCCAUAAAUUAACAAAAUCAUUUAAAGAAUAUGUUUGAACUAAAUGUCAAUAACGGCUCAAGUGUAAUUUAACAAAAGAGGACUUUAACCUAAGAUUUAGGUGUUUUAUUUCUUACAGAUUUCUAUUGAAGAAAAUCACGGUGUUGGCAGGGAAAGUAUGAAGCAUGUGCGCUAUGUGCUGAACAGGGUGCAAUCGAUUGCCUCAAUGAGAACGUGUGUUUGUCACCUCGUCUCUAUAUUUAAUGAAAAAGCUUUUAAGUGCCUCCAUGUUCUUUACUCUCACUUCUGUUUACCCUGACUGUGUAAAAAGACUUUGCGCAGCUCGAUACGAAGCAACCUAAGAUAUGCACUGUAAAUAGGACGACAUGAUUUUGUGGGUGUGCAAUAAAUAUCUGACAGCAGA